CCGUAGGUUGAUAUGGUCUGACUUGUUUGCCCUGUUGCCAGAGACGCGCGCCAGCCCGCGUCCUCAUUUCGGUGGGCUCACGAUCCGCAGCAUAAUGGAUGGAUGCUGUUUCUGAAACAGACGUCCACCGAGAAGCCUUAGCUGGGACGACACUUUUUUUUAACCACCUGUACUUUUUUUUUUUUCUCCAAAGGUAAUCUCGUCGAGUGAGGCGCUGGGAAGUGCAGCAUGUGGACACGACGAGACGUGCGUGAAGCGGCUGGAGUGGACGCGAGGGAGAGUGAAGCGUGAGGCUGAGAAUGUGGCGGGGACACCGCGGGGCAACUGCUUCCUGAGUUUUUUUUCCUGAGUUUCCUGAGCUUGGAGAUUUGGCGAAGGCGCAGCAAGAGCGGAAAGCGUUAAUGCCGCGCGCUGGAUCGGCCCUGCGGAAUUCAGCACACUGUAUCAACCGGCAGAUCGGCGCAUGAACUGCAAUUGUCUCCAAAGCUAUAAUAAACCACAUGGACAAUCAGUCCAAACAGGGGACUCAUCUUAAUUUAGGACAAACCCACAGGUUACAAAGAAAGUCCACUGGGUCCAAACUACUUUAGGCUACAACACUUUUUCCAAAUCAUUCGACUUUUCCCCCCUCCGAUCCUUUUCCCUUCAUUUUUGCAAUUCUGAUUCCCGAAGUGGCUCCGAAGUGGUGUUGCGGCUCCUCGUCCCCGGCGGAUCCGGAGAUCGGAGUCUCUGCACCGGGAGGAGGCGGAGUCGGAGCUCCGGCUACACCGCAGGCUCCCAAGAGCGGCCGCGUCAAAAGGAUGGUGCGACUGGCUGCGGAACUGCUGCUGCUCCUGGGACUUCUUCUCCUUACCUUGCACAUCACGGUGCUGCGGAGCAGUCCGCUGCCCCAGGGAAAUGUAACUCUGAGCCUGGACCAGGACUCGGCACUUACAGAGAACAACGUAAAUGCAAAAAGCAGCUCCUCUGCCCAGCUGGCUCCUGAAGACCGGAGGUCUGGUCCAGAACACCGGUUGGUCCUGCCCUGGGCACAAGGCAGCAACUUACACAGGGACGGCCCGGGCACUUUCCUCCUAGAUCUGCACAAUUUCCCCGACCUCUCCAAAGCCGAUAUCAAUGGACAGAAUCCCAACAUACAGGUGACCAUUGAAGUGGUGGACGGACUGGAGGGCCACGAGCCAGAGAAAGGCCUCAGAAAGGAGAGCAAACCCAACUGGUCUUCUCCCAACUGGAGGAACUGGUGGCCUCAUACUUCUUCAUCCUCCUCCUCUUCCACCACGCAUCAAACAGAGGAGCACGAUCGCUCCUACAGUAGCAACAGUGAGGACAGCAACUUCCUCAGGCCGCCGGCAGACUGGGACAGGAAAGGAGGUACUGGGGGAGGAAGCAAAGCUCAAACUGAAUAUGACUAUAUGGAUGGAGAGGGGGACUGGAGUAACUGGUCAGCGUGCAGUGUGACCUGUGGAAACGGCAACCAGAAGAGGACCAGGUCAUGUGGUUAUGCCUGUACAGCCACGGAGUCCAGGACUUGUGACAUGCCCAACUGUCCAGGUAUUGAGGAUGCCUUCAAGACAGCAGCUACCGAAGUCAGCCUGUUAGCUGGAACAGAUGAGUUCAAUGCCACAGAACUCUUUGGUGUUGACACAGACAGCUGCGAGCGAUGGAUGAACUGCAAGAGCGACUUCUUGAAGAAGUACAUGACCAAGGUGGCAAACGACCUCCCCAGCUGCCCUUGCUCUUACCCAACUGAGGUCGCGUACAGCACCGCAGAUGUACAUGAUGUUCCCACACGCCGAGAUUUCCGCUGGAAAGAUGCCAGCGGGCCAAAAGAGAAGCUGGAGAUCUACAAACCCACGGCCCGUUACUGCAUCCGCUCCAUGCUGACGCUGGAGUCCACCACGCUGGCCGCACAGCACUGCUGCUACGACGACAACAUGAAGCUCAUCACCCGCGGCAAAGGGGCUGGCACACCCAACCUCAUCAGCACAGAGUUCUCAGCCGACCUGCACUACAAGGUCGACAUCCUGCCCUGGAUCAUAUGCAAAGGGGACUGGAGCCGCUACAACCAGGCCAGGCCGCCAAACAAUGGGCAGAAAUGUCCCGACAACCCUCAAGACGAGGACUACUACAAACAGUUUGAAGAAGCAAGGGAAUUCUAGCCCGCUGUAGAGUCAAGGACAAAACACACUGCUUAAGUAUUCAAAUAAACCUCAAAAAUGGUGCUGAAACCAUCUUUUUUUUAAAAAUUCUGUUUUAGGUCAAAAACAAAUGAACUUUUAGGCUCUGAGGAACAAGACUUACUGCUCUUCUGAACCAAGAGGAAUAAAAAUCCAACAGAGUCAAUACCCUUACUUGGUCACAAGGAACUUUUCUUGACUUAACCAAAGACAGGCACAUAAUGUUGCUCUGUUUUUGAUUUUUUUAUUAAACAUGCCUCUGAAAUUUUGCCAGUAAUUGUGUUGCCAAUUGUAUCUCAGUCAGAUUUGGUCACUAAAGGGAGAACUGACUUCGUAUUCUUAAAAGGGAAAAUUAUUAUUCUUGGAAUGUCAGUUUAGAUUGGGUCAGUUUUCGUCUCCAUAGAUUGUUUAUGUUUGGUGAAUCUGAGAGGCCUGUGAUAAUAGAAUAAUGAGAUCCUUCAGGAAUGUGUCAUGGGUGGGGACAGAGCACAUGGUGAAAAAUCCCAUUUUCUCCCGUUUUGUUAAUUACAGUAUCUGGCUUCUCAUGUAAGCUUGUGAGUAUGUUUAUUUAGCAUGCACAUUUUUAAAAUUUUGACCAGUAAUUUACAAAUGUGUCCCUAGUGUCUCUGAGGCAGAUCCUCAAUGUAAAAAGCCUGCAUUAUUUUUGUAAAGUAUUUAUUAAGCUGUAGCUGCAUCUGAAUUGGGUGUCUAUGACUGGUUUCUGAUUCACAUACCGUGUGGAUGAAUGCUAACUUGAGAUUCCUCUCUAGCUCAAACUUUGCCAGCAAUGUGCAUAUCCCUGUCUCAAGUUAGGAUUAAACCGUAAUAGACAGUAAAGAAUGUGUGAAUUCAACUGUAUGGAGAGAUUUUUGAAAUAUAAAUCUA